AUGACUCUGAGAGAAGGCUUGCCGCUGUUUCGUCAGCAGUUGACGGCGUUGUUGAGGAAGAAUCUACUGCUUUCAUGGAGGAACAAGAGAGCUACUUUUCUUCAUCUCUUCUCUUCUUUCUUCUUCAUCCUUCUCAUCUUCAGUAUCGAGCAAUCUACCAAGGCUAGCAAGUUAGCCUCGGCUCAGUACAAAAACAUCACAGAUCCCAAAGCGGUAGCCUCUCUUCCGAUUCUCCCGUGCGAGGAUAAGUUUUACGCGAUACUUCCAUGCGGUAGCCUCUUUUCUAGUUACUGGACUGGAAAAGAAGGCAACAAUGUGAAAGAAGGGAGUAUUUGUAGCUGUAUUGGUUCAGUUCCACGUGUAGAGCAUGUUACGCCAGAGGACGAAGAUGUGCUUGAAGAGGAGAUUUUAGUUAAACAACAAGCAAUGGGUGGAGUAGUUGAUCCCAACAUUGCAGUUCAGAUACAUGGUCUUGCCAAGACAUAUCCUGGAGCAACAAAGCUUGGAUGCUGCAAACGCAAAAAAACUGCACCCUUUCAUGCUGUAAAGGGUUUGUGGAUGAACAUUGCCAAAGAUCAGUUGUUUUGUCUUCUCGGACCCAAUGGCGCGGGGAAAACAACUACUAUUAGUUGUUUGACUGGCAUAAAUCCAGUUACUGGUGGCGAUGCAAUUAUUUAUGGAAAUUCCAUAAGAAGCUCUGUUGGUAUGUCCAACAUUCGUAAAAUGAUAGGAGUUUGUCCUCAGUUUGAUAUUCUUUGGGAUGCUUUGUGUGGUGAAGAUCACCUCCACCUCUUUGCUAGCAUCAAAGGGUUGCCACCAGCAUCAAUCAAAUCGAUUGCAGAGAAGUUACUGGCAGAUAUAAGGCUAACAGGAGCAGCCAAAAUUAGAGCAGGAAGUUACAGUGGUGGAAUGAAACGUCGACUCAGCGUUGCUAUAGCACUCAUUGGUGAUCCCAAGCUGGUUUUUCUAGAUGAGCCGACAACUGGAAUGGACCCUAUCACGAGGAGACAUGUGUGGGACAUUAUACAAGAAUCAAAGAAAGGUCGUGCCAUUAUACUAACGACGCAUUCUAUGGAGGAAGCUGAUAUAUUAGGUGACCGAAUCGGGAUCAUGGCUAAAGGCAGGCUCCGCUGCAUGGGAACCUCAAUCAGGUUAAAAUCCCGCUUUGGCACGGGUUUUAUUGCUACCGUUAGCUUCCCAGAAGNAAGCAAAGCUUUCAUGACCUUUGUUAUCCCCCACGACAAAGAAAAACUUUUGACGGGGUUUUUCGCGGAGCUACAAGAUAGGGAAUCUGAAUUUGGUAUCUCAGACAUUCAACUCGGUCUUGCAACUCUUGAAGAAGUGUUUCUGAACAUCGCUAGACGGGCUGAACUAGAAAGUGCGACGGUUGAAGGAACCAUCGUCACUCUCGAGUUAGAAUCAGGCAUCUCAGUCGAGGUAAAAUAG